AUGGAAGAAGGAGAGAGAAAGGGGAAAAAACUAGACCUUGACUGGGAAAAGCUCUUGCCUGACCAUCAAGACGACGACGAGGAGCCUCCGACGGUACUGGUGGUUACAACCACCGGUGCGGAUGCGGAGAAAUCGGAAUCGGUGGCGAUGGACGGCGAACAACAACAGAACGGGUUUAGACAUUUGAGCGACAAAGAACUGUACGAUACGAUUGAAAGGAACAGACAGAAUCUUAAAUCUGUCGGUGAGAAAUUGGCCGAUAAAGGCGAGAAGCUCAGGGUCAGUAUCAAGCGCCAAGAGGACGAGAUAGAGCGCCGUCAACGCCAGCGAGCUGAGAAGGAUGAUGACGAGGGGUGCGAGGAGCCCGCACAAUUUCAUAACCCAAGUUUGGUCGGGGCAUAUGAUGGCUCCAAACAAGGGGAUCCAUCUCUACCAUCUUCACGGUCUGCAUUUGCCUUACAUUUUUACACGAAGUUAAAAGAAAACAUGGAUACUAGGACAGUCAACGCCUUUGAAAAAGAUUUUUCUUAUGUUAGACCCUGUGACCGUCGGAAAGUGGGACAUAAAGGGCAGUUCGCAUCGAGGGGAAGACACAAGAAUAGGUUAUCUUUGAGACAUAAACAUUUUAAGUGCCCUAGCAAUCUUUCCAUUGAUGCUGAUAAAAAGAAUCUCUCAAACGGAGAUCAAAAGGACACGGGUUCAUCUACUUGUUCAGUUCGUCUUUUUGAAGGAAAUUUGUCUGGCUUUUUAUCAAAGAAGAGAAAUGCUCCUCAAGUCCAGCCUUCAGACAGAGUGAGGUCUGUGAAUGGGCAGACUGUUGUUCUAGUGGAUGAAGAGGAACCUCAAGCUCAGCUAAUAGAGGCAACAGAACCGGCAGAUAUAGUAGAUGAACGUCUGAAAGAGGCUAAGAUCUACUAUCCAUCAAGGGACGAUCCAGAAUCAGUUGAAAUUUUUUACUCAGACAUGGAAUGCCUUGCUCCUGAAGCCUAUCUAUCAUCAACCAUAAUGAAUUUUUACAUCCGAUAUCUGCAGCAGUCAACAUCUCCCCAAAAUACGAUAGGACGUGAUUAUCAUUUUUUCAACACUUAUUUCUAUAGGAAGCUAAAAGAGGCUGUAUUGAAGAAGCGGAGUGACCAGGAAAAUUCAUUUGAAAAGUUCCGUAGGUGGUGGAAAGGUGUCAACAUAUUUGAAAAAUCGUAUAUACUCCUUCCAAUACAUGAUGAUCUUCAUUGGAGCUUGGUGAUUAUAUGUAUCCCAUACAAGGAAGAUGAAGCAGGACCAAUUCUACUUCACUUGGAUUCACUAGGGCUUCACUGUAGUAAAUCAAUUUUUGAGAACAUUAAAAGCUUUUUGAGACUAGAAUGGAACUGUCUGAAUAGAGGAGAAGCUCCUUCAGAUCCUCCUAUCGCAGACAAAAUCUGGAAAAAUCUUCCACGUAGGAUUGACGAGAAGACAAUUGAGGUUCCACGACAGAGAAAUGACUAUGACUGUGGUAUGUUUGUUCUCUUCUUUAUGGAACGUUUCAUACAAGAGGCUCCUGAAAGGCUGAAAAAGAAAGAUAUAGCAAUGUUUGGCAAGCAUUGGUUUGGACCUGAAGAACCCUCUCGUCUCAGAAAGAAAAUACGUGAUUUACUUAAGGAGGAAUUCAAGGAUGCAACUGAUAACACAUGAUCCUCAGUCUUUGCCACAAGCUGUAGCUCUUGCCGGAGGUGUAGAGCACCAAAUUAUCAGCAUCCUUGUGUUAUUACAAAUGCCGUGAAAUAUUGUAGUCGGGAUGUAAAUUGGUCAAAAUGCGACCAGUGCAAGCUGGGAGUCCAAAAGACGAAGGAAAAUUGACUAUUGAUUCAUUCGGGAAGUGAAGUAUACUGUAGAGGUCAUCCCGUCAAUACUAACGUGCCAUGCUGAGUUUUAGCAGCACUCUAAACUGCUUCUUCAGUUGUGACGAAACAGAUGACCAAGUAUUGGUAAGAUUCUUCCUCUGGUUAUCAAGUGCUUGACUUCUGUCAUUUAUUAGUUGUGUAAAUAGAGAUGAAGCAAAAAGGAAUUGAUUGACCAUUAGCAUUAUCUGCUUAAUGGAAAGCACGUCUCGAUAUAUGGUUUUAUUUGGUUUAUAUCAACCUCUUAUAUGCUAUCACUUUUGAUGAAGUAAUCCUCACCAUUUGUCAUGGAUUUUGAUUGCAAAACACAAAAC